AUGGGAUCCGAGGGCCAGGCUCCCCUGGGCUCCCAGUACGUGGGCCUCUGGGACUUUGAGGCUCGGACUGCUGAGGAGCUGAGCUUCCGGGCAGGGGACCUCUUCCACGUGGCCAGAAAGGAGGAGGAGUGGUGGUGGGCCGUGCGGCUGGAUGGGGCAGGCCGGGCCCUGGCUGAAGGCUACGUGCCCCACAACUACCUGGCUGAGAAGGAGACGGUGGAGUUGGAGCCGUGGUUCUUCGGCCAAAUCUCUCGCUCGGAAGCUCUGCACCGACUGCAGGCCACGGGCAACGAGCCGGGGUCCUUCCUGAUCCGCGUCAGUGAGAAGCCAGGCGCCGAUUACGUCCUCUCGGUGCGGGACCAGCAGACUGUGCGCCACUACAAGAUCUGGUGGCGGGCCGGCCGGCUGCACCUCAACGAGGCUGUGUCCUUCCCUGGCCUGUCUGAGCUCGUGGACCACCACAAGGUCCAGAGCCUGUCCCACGGCCUGUGGCUGACCUCGCCCUGCAGGAAGCACGAGCCAGAGCCCCUGCCCCACUGUGAUGACUGGGAGAGGCCACGGGAGGAGUUCACGCUCUGCAGGAAGCUGGGCUCCGGCUACUUUGGGGAGGUCUUUGAAGGGCUCUGGAAGGACAAGGUCCGAGUGGCCAUCAAGGUGAUCGCCCGAGCCGACCUUCUGCACCAGCACACGUUCCAGUCGGAGAUCCAGGCCAUGAAGAAGCUGCGGCACAAGCACAUCCUGGCUCUGUACGCAGUGGCAUCCGUGGGGGACCCGGUGUACAUUGUCACGGAGCUCAUGCCGAAGGGGAGCCUGCUGGAGCUGCUGAGGGACUCUGAUGAGAAAGCCCUGCCCAUUUCGGAGCUGAUGGACGUUGCAGCACAGGUGGCCGAGGGCAUGUGCUACCUGGAAUCGCAGAACUACAUCCACCGGGACCUGGCUGCCAGGAACAUCCUCGUGGGGGAAAACAAUAUCUGCAAAGUUGGGGACUUCGGGCUGGCCAGGCUCAUCAAGGAGGACAUCUAUCUCUCCUAUGACCACAACAUCCCUUAUAAGUGGACUGCCCCAGAGGCACUCUCCCGAGGGCAUUACUCCAUCAAGUCUGACGUCUGGUCCUUCGGGGUUCUCCUCCAUGAGAUUUUCAGCAGGGGUCAGACGCCCUAUCCAGGCAUGUCCAACCACGAGGCCUUCCUGAGGGUGGAGAGCGGCUACCGCAUGCCCCGCCCCCCAGAGUGCCCGCCCACCACACACAAGCUGAUGCUCUCCUGCUGGCACAAGGACCCUGAGCAGAGACCCUACUUCAAAGGGCUGUGGGAGAAGCUCUCCAGCUUAACAAGGUACGAGAACCCGCUCUGA